GACAGGAUGGUGGAGUAGAGCCGCGUAUCCGUCACAGCGAGAGAAACGAACCACAGAGGAGCUGUUGUGAUUAAACUGAGCGUUUAUUCUCAUUUUUAAACGUCUAAAGAUGCUUCACGCUCUCCACUGAGGAAUGAAGAGCGAGACUACAGACAAUAAAAAACAAAUACCGUCACGUUACGCCUCAAUUAGCUGGUUUUAAACUGGUGCUUUUUCAUCCUCGCUCAGCUGAAUGGAGCAACAGCAGCAGCAGCAGCAGCAGCAACAACGGGGCUUCUGUGGCUUCACGCCGGGUCGGACUGCAGGCUGCGGGGCUGGGGUCUCCACCGGUCAGCCCACCAUGCGUUUAUCCAUCACCUCGACCACCGGCAGCCCGGUGGAGCUCACUGUCCCCCGAGGAGAGACUGUGGAGGGACUGAGGACACGAAUCUCCCAAAAGCUUAGAUUGCAAACGGACAAAAUCGUCCUCCUGCAUAAAGACAGGCAGCUGACUGCAGGGAAACUGCUGGACCUGGGUGUAGCAAAUGGCAGCAAACUGACCCUGGUCCCUGUCAUUGAAGCUGGUUUAGUAUGCUCGACUGCCAGAGCUGAGAGGACUAUGAUGGAUGUUUUGGAAAGUUUAACAGAAGUUCAGAUCAGUGACUUCCUGUCAGGGCGCUCUCCUCUCACCAUUAACCUGGGAAUUGGUGCCCACAUGAUGUAUGUGCAGCUCCAGCUGUCUGCGCAGGAUGUGGUGGAGCUGCAGCAGGACCGGGACUCGAGAGCUCGGAGUAGCAGCAAGCUGCAAACCCGCCUGCCAGCAGAAGCCUCGGCCUGUUCCUCCACUAACACAACAGACUCCACUACUACCUCACCUACUUCACAAAUCUCCUCUCCAGCCCUAGACACUCCUGACUCUACAUUCCCAGUCCAACUUAGCACCCAAAGACCCACCACUGUCCCUGCUGUGAACUGCCAUCGCCACUCAUCUUCACAUCACUCCUGUCCCCCCUGCUCCACGCAGACAUCUGCCACUAUUCUGUCGACCUCUUCCUUGUCCUCUUGUAGUCCUCAUCCCAGCUGUCCGCGACAAGCAACCACACCAGUCUGUACACCUGGCCCCAGUCCUGGACCCCCAAGCCCAGUACCAGCCUCAACCUUCAAAGAGAGUAAUGUUAAUUCCUCCUCCACUGCUGAUCUGUGCAAGCAGCCAGGAGCAGUUAUAGAGAGUUUUGUGAGCCACUCUCCAGGAGUCUUCUCCGGGACUUUCUCUGGCACAUUGGCCCCUUGCAGUCAGAGCGGCAUCAGACAUCCUCGACGUGGCAUCGCCAUCAUUCUCCAGAUCCUCAAUGACCUGCUGAGAGCUGCCUACCACCACCAGGGGGCUUCACCCACCCAACCCCACCUCCACUGUUCUGCUUCAAACACUCCAGUCAGCCCGCUGCUCACAGCAGAGGAGCCCAGCAAAACAACAACCAAACCGGUGGUGACCCAGAGGCCAGACCACCUGAGUAAAGCUCCAGCUGAGGAGAGUCACCCUGCCCUCUCAUCUACAGAGGAGAAUCAAACAUUGCACUGUAAACUGGAGCAGCUGCAGUUUUUGAUGCAUCAGAGGCGUCUUCGCCGGCGCACUCGCAGGAACUCACACCUCUCACAAACGUCUCACCCAUACCAGCACUGUCACCAUCGCCCCUAGUCUCCUGGACAGCAAACACUCUGUAAUAACAGAAGCAGCUUUCAGAGGAGGGAGGGCAAGAUGACAGAAACUGCAGGUCACAGAGGAAUCAUCAUGGAAACUAGAGCUGACCUCUGACCUUGUGGAGUUACGUAAAAGAGCAGUGGAGUGCACUUAAAGUUAAAAAAGUGUCUGAGAGAAAGGACACCUCUGAGGAAAUGCUUCAAUAUUAUUUUUAAACUAUGAGUGCAUUUCUGAAACAUGUAAACCCAAAAGAUCCAAGGAGUCUGGUUCCUCUGGCUGUCACUGUACUGAGCAUGUUAUUCAUCUGAGUCUUUGUAAGGACUUACAGUGGUCCCAACAACAGUAUGUAGCACACAUCACAACAGGUUCCAGUGUACAUUCUCAUGUUAUACAUCUUGGUGUUUUGUACAAAGACCUGUUAAGUGUAAACUGUAAGUUUAUGUAUUCCAAUGCCUUAACUGUCUUGAAUGUAGUCAAACUGUUAAGUUUUGUUCUGUGCAGAGGAUGUUCCUCUGAAAUGUUUUACUUAUGCAAUAUUAAAAUGUAAAUGCAAAAGAAUGCAAAAAUAUGAAAAAAUGAAUAAAGGGGGGAAAUGGAAAAAAACCUGAAC